GGACCAGCUUUGUGUAAAAUUACAUAGCACCUGUGGUGUGCUGUACAUUUGUGUGCCCUAAAUUCCGCCGGGCAGCUGUGAUGUCAUAUACAAAGUAUAUUGUCAACAUAUACUGGCACUCCACGAGAAAAUUGGAAACAGCCAACUUUGUGUUUUAGGUGACUUUAAUUUAUGUAAUAUUUCCUGGAGCUUUAUUGAUAACAAUAUUUUCCUCACCCCAUCAAAUGUUACUACUUUAUCUGAAUCAUAUUUAAUUGAUAAUUUAUUAUGUAUUGAAUUAUUUCAAAUCAAUGGUUUUUUUAAUGAGUUAAACCGAAUUUUAGAUUUAAUAUUUAUUAGCUCUAAUAUAAAUUUCAAGCUCUCUCAUGCGGCCAGUUACAUCUCCCCUCCAAAUCAGCAUCAUAGCCCUAUGGUUUUGGAGUUUGAAUUUUACCAAUAUUUUGAAUUACCGACUGAUAGUCAGACGGUUGCUUUUAACUACUCUUGUUGUAAUUUUGCUGAAUUGAAUAAUUUGUUUGAUUUGGAUUGGUCCCAGCUCUUUGGAAAUGUGGAUGUAACUGGUUGCUACGAUAUUUUUAAGUCUAAACUUUGUGAUAUUUGUGUGGGUCACAUCCCAAUUCUUAAUUCGAAAACCGCUAAGCGUCCAUGGUUUACUAAAGAACUCAAACGUAUAAGCAAUAAGAAGAAUAAGUUCUACAAAAGACAAAAGCAUUCCAACGAUGUUAAUUUGCGUGAACGUUACGUGUUUUAUAGAGCUGAAUUUAACAGGCUCAAUAAAUCUUUGUAUAGGAAUUAUAUUCGCGGCGUAGAAAGCAAUAUUAAAUCUAAUCCCAAGUUCUUCUGGAGUUAUAUUAAAUCAAAGAAAAAUUGCUCUAAUAUACCUGCAUCGGUCCAGCUUAACGGGGUGUCAGCCAACUCCAUCUCCGAAGCUGUUAAUCUUUUUGUUGAUUUUUUUUCUUCCAACUUUAUUUCAGGUAAUUCUGAUAAUGAUUUUAUUCUUUUGUUUGUUAUUCUUUUGUCAAAUUUAGAUACUCCCAUUAACUUCGGGAAAUUAAAGUUGACAGACGAGGAUGUAGCUAAUGGCAUUAACCAGCUUAAACUAUCCACUAACACUGAUGUAGACGGCCUCUCGGUUAUUUUAUUUAAAAGUUGUCCUUCACUAAUUGCGCCUUUGAGGCACAUUUUUAACAUGUCUCUAUCUGCCGGAGUUUUCCUCGAUGACUGGAAAUUGACUUUUAUUACGCCAAUUCUUAAAAGUGGUAACAAAAAUUGUAUUGAGAAUUAUAGGCCGAUUUCUAAGCUUACCACUGUCUCAAAACUGUUUGAGUCCAUAGUAAAAGAUAAAAUUUACUUUGCUGUUAAACAUUUAUUAUGUCCCAACCAACAUGGGUUCGUGCCGGGCAGAUCUACGUUAACCAAUUUAGCUCCUUUUACAGAGGACUGUUUGGAAACCUUUCAAAAGGGAUUCCAAAUUGACGCUAUAUAUACCGAUUUCUCUAAGGCUUUUGACAGG